AUGGCAAUCAGGAAUCAAUAUACAAUACCACAAUUCGCCAAUUUCACGCGCAACACCGCUGGGCUUGAAAAAACACUCCGUCUCAUCCACGCAGUUGCGCUGAUCGCCAGCGUCACAACCGAGCAUGGCUCAGCAUUGGCCAAACAGUGGACAACAACAAAGUCGCAAUUGGCAUUGACACGACGAUUUUUCCGGUUUUUUGCCUUCAUUGACUGCUUCGAUCGGGUGUACGGGCUGCUGGGAAAUGGAUCAUCAGAGGGGGGUCUGACAUUCUUGAUUGAGCUGGCGAGAUGGAUUUGUCUUGGGUUGUAUUUUGUGCUGGAGGAUCUGACUAUUCUCCACGCGAUGAAUGUCCACCCUGUAUCCUGGAACCAGGCCGUGAUAGAACAGGCGUAUAGAUUCUGGGCGUAUGCUCUUUGUCUGUCUGUUGUAGGGGCAUUCUGGGGAUUACUAGGGAGUGGGACGGAGGCGCAGCGGACCCAGAAAGGAGGGGAUAAGAAAGGGAAUAAGAAACCGAGGAAUGGGAAGGAGAAGACAGGUCGCAAGACACUGGUGCAUCGGGUCGUGGUGGACGGUUGCGAUCUCUUGAUUCCAGCGGCGUUUCUCGGAUGGGUUCGUGUGGGGGAGGGAACGGUGGGGAUGGCGAUGGUGGUCAGACUAGAUUAG